CGCCCGCGCCCCCGAACUUCGCGGACGCGACACACGACGAUGUUUGCCAUCUCCAGCUCCGCGCUGACGCCGCGCGCGACGGUCGCGAACGCGACGCGCACGCGACGAUCGACGACCGCGCGACGAUCGACGGCGAUCCGCGCCGAGGCGGAGGGCGCGAAGGCGGCGCCGGCGGCGCCGAAGGCGUGGACGGCGCCGAAGUUGAACCCGAACACGCCGUCGCCGAUUUUCGGUGGUUCCACCGGCGGUCUGUUGAGAAAGGCGCAGGUUGAGGAGUUCUACGUGCUGACGUGGGAAGCGAAGAAGGAAGCCAUCUUCGAGAUGCCGACCGGUGGUGCCGCGAUCAUGCGCAAGGGCCCGAACCUGUUGAAGCUCGCGCGCAAGGAGCAAUGCCUCGCGCUUUUGAACAACUUCCGCGCGAAGAUGAAGCUCGACGGCUGCAUCUACCGCGUGUUCCCGUCCGGUGAGGUGCAAUACUUGCACCCGAAGGAUGGUGUGUACCCGGAGAAGGUGAACAAGGGUCGCGUCGGUGCCAACCAGAACAUGCGAUCGAUCGGCAAGAACACCAACCCGGCGUCGAUCAAGUUCCAAGGCAAGCUCGGCCCGUUCGAAGUUUAGACAGACGGCUCGCGCUCGCCGCGCACCGAGGGUUCGGUCGUCGUCGUCGAGUCGCCGCUCGAGUCAGAUGUCCGUCGAUGUGUUUCACUCUUCGCGAUGCGAAGUCAACGCGAGAUGGCGCUCGUUUGAAUUAUUAGAAUUCUUCGACGUCCCUCGCGCUUUGCGUCGCGUCGAGCGCGCUUCGACGUUCGCGGCGUCUGAUUUCUUCGCGCGGCGUCGCUCGACGCUUCGAUCUCACCCUCUGCGCGCGAUCGUGAUGUAAAUCACGCCUCCUAGCCAAACUAAUUGCAGUAACACACAGAUUUUCACUG